UCCGAGUGGUUCCGGAGUAAAGAUGGCGGCUUCGGUGGAAGACUGGAUGUGUGUGGAACUAGACAAACUAGGUUUACCAGCCUCAGAAGAUAAUGCAAAGUACAUUCUCAGUAUCGAAACCGCAGAAGACUUGGAGGAGUACAUGCAUGAAUUGCUGGGAGAUAGCAAUCCUAAAGUGUUAGCAUUCAUCAAAGAGUUGUUGGUUAGGUGGCGGGCGACAGUAACAGUAUCUGAUGACACACAGGUGUAUCGUAAGUCAACAGAUGAUGAUAUCUACUUUGGUGGCAGAGGUGGAGCAGCAGGCAAACAGAAGACUAGUGACAGGAGUAACAAGCAUUCCAUCAGUAAAAACGUCAUAAAUGGCAACAGCAAACACCCUAAAGAGAGCUUACAGGAUAACACACCUCUUGCCAAUGUGGUUGAUAUGAAAAAGAAGACCAAGUUUGUUCCCUUGUACAGCCAGGAGGGACAGGAGAAAUCUGUACUUCAGAUUCCAGGGCGACACAGCUGUGAGUGCCAGGCUGCCAAACACAAGCUCAUCAACAAUUGUCUGCAAUGUGGCCGUGUGGUGUGUGAUCAGGAGGGCUCUGGGCCUUGUUUUCAUUGUGGUAAUCUGGUAUGUACACAGGAGGAACAUGAAAUUAUAUCACGGGGCUCGCGCAAAAGUGAACAGCUCCGUCAACGACUAAUGAAGGAUGUUGGAGAUAAACCACUACCAUUCCAGAACAGCCGGACCAGUGCCGGGCUUGACAAGGCCAUACAACACAAAGACAAGCUGCUCAACUACGAUAAGACCAGUGUGCAAAGAACAAAAGUAAUAGAUGAUGAGUCUGAUUACUUCUCAACCGAUUCCAACCAAUGGCUGAGUAAAAAGCAGCGAGAGGCACUACGGAAACGCAAUGAAGAAUUACGUUCAGAACGUUUUGCUUCACGAAGGGACAUGAAAGUAACAUUAGACUUUGCAGGUCGUCGUGUGUUGGAAGCUGAAAAUGAAUCUGGAAAACGGAUGUACGAUAUAGAUGACACAGUGGUUCAGGAAGUUCACUACGGUGCUCGAGCAAAAAACGAUGGUUUCAAAAUGGAGGAAAAAGAUUUCAGUGAUCUGGUCAAUCCACUAAUCAAUGUGCAAUCCCCACAGUUUGUCUCUUCUGUGACAAAUGAUCAGAAAUCUACUAACAAAGUCUGGCCAGAGGAGAUGAAGAAGAAAGCUGGUUUACGACUGCAGGAUCGUGAGCUCCAGGAGAUGUCAGACGAAGGCAUGUGUAUGAGUAUGCAUCAGCCCUGGGCUUCUCUUCUUGUCUGCGGCAUCAAAAUGCAUGAAGGAAGGACAUGGUACACUGCUCACAGAGGGAGACUGUGGAUAGCUGCCACGGCCAAAGUCCCCACUCCCGAGGAAACAGCAGAUAUUGAACAGACAUACCGUUAUUUACUUAAGGACCCACGGUUAGAGUUCCCCAGCCAUUACCCUGUUGGGUGCCUCUUAGGCUGCGUGGAUGUGAUGGACUGCCUGGCACAGGACCAAUACCGAGAAAAGUUUCCUGAUGGAGAGUCGGCCUCCCCCUAUGUUUUUAUCUGUCAAGAGCCACAACAACUGGUGGUCAAGUUUCCCAUCAAAGGAAAACACAAAAUUUAUAAAUUAGAUUCUCAUAUACACCAAGCAGCCAAGAAAGGUCUGAGAUGACCGAUCUGUGUUCCUAAGGUGGCACUGGACAGGGCUUAUUGUGAUAAAAACUUGGAAUGAGAGUGAGCGAGAGUAUUUAUAGCAAUGCGGGUUAACUGAAAAGUGUUCAAGCAAACUAAGUUGCUGAAAUAAACUAUACC